AUGAGAAUAGGAAAAGUACUUUCUUCGGUAAUUGCAGUUUUGCUGGUUUCAAAGCUACUUGAGGCCGCGUGCUCUAAUGGCGACUGUAAGAACAAUUCUCUACCAUUUAAUAAAUACGCUUUUCUAACGACCCACAACUCUUUCGCCAUUGACGACGGGAAACUGAGGCUCACUUUUACGAAUCAAGAAGACACAAUCUCUCAACAACUCAAUAAUGGCGUCCGUGGCUUAAUGCUUGAUGUAUAUGAUUACAAAGGAGACAUAUGGUUAUGCCAUUCCUUGAAAGGAAAAUGCCAUGACACCACCAAAUUUGAACCCGCUAUCGAGACAUUUAGGGAAAUCGAAGCCUUCCUGUCGCAGAACCCGUAUGAAAUCGUGACCUUGAUUUUGGAAGACUACGUUGAAACACCAAACGGAUUGACCAAUGUUUUUAACGAAUCGGGCAUAAUGAAGUAUUGGUUCCCUUUGUCGAGCAUGCCUAAAGGUGGCCAAGAUUGGCCUUUGGCCAUUUAUAAUAUAUGCCUUAAAGUGUCAUUGUUGCUUUCAGCUUUUAAAGAUUUUGAUAAUUAA